AUGUCCCGAGUUGGUGGCUGGAGAUCACAGUGUCCUAUUCCAGUGCGGGAACUUCAGUUGAAAACCUAUCAGGACCAUUACAUCUUCUUGCUCAGACAAAAUGGACCGGCCGCAUUCACGAUACAGCAAGGCAGGCAAAAACCAUUUGAGGUGAGGCUGGGAAACCCGCACAGCUGCACCUGCAAAGAGCAUACAAAAAUGCAAGAGCUCUGCAUGCACAUUUGCUGGGUCCUCCUGCGGAAGCUCCGACUUAAACCGGAAGAUUCCCUCUCUUAUCAGUUGGGAAUGACUUCAGGCGAGCUGAAUCAUUUUCUAAGCGGCAAAACUCAACUUUACGCGACACCAGCUUCAACGCACAAACAAGAUCCUUUGAAAUUGAAAAGUCAAGAAUACGAACUUUCAACGGUGCCAAAGCGUUUAAUCACAGCUGAUGACGUUUGUCCGAUAUGCUUGGAAACAUUUUCAGUUCGCAACUCACCUGUUGUCCACUGUAAACAUGGAUGUGGCAAUGGUGUUCAUGUGAGGUGUAUGGCUGUGGUGGUGAAGCACCAACUCGAUGCCGUCGAAUUGGAGGAGAAUACAAAACUCGAGGACCAUAUUCUCACAUGUCCCAUGUGCAGGGGUCACUUCGGUCGCAACGGAGAGUUUCAGAGGGAGGCGAAAAGACUGAAACUAUUCCGCGUUAGGCAACGACGAAAUUUUGCUGAGUCGCCAAUCGGGGAGCAUCCUGAGCUCGUGUGUUGCGCAUGCGCCGCCUCCCCGAUCAUUGGCAGAGUUUACCGCUGCAACAGUUGCCCUCAGAUGAUCCUGUGUUCCGGCUGUAUCCGGAACGAUCAAUACACAGAGCUACAUAUCACGCAUGGAUUCGCCAGCAAAAAAGUAAGUUUAAAGACCCACACGCAGUAUAUUUACAUAAAACUCUGGUAA